GAAAGACAUAAUUUUCAUAAAUUUAAAUUACAUAGUGAAAGUAGUUCUGCAGAUGUUGAAGCUAUUAAUACAAGUCUUCCAACAAUUAUUACUUCUGACUAUAUAAUUGCAUCUUAUCAAAUUGAAGAAUUAGAAAAAGACAAAAUUAGAAUCACAAUUGCACUUAUAGCUAAUGCUGAUAAUACUAGCAUUAUCACAUUAUUCAAGCUCCAUUAUUGUCACCUACAACUUCAAUAUUCAAUUAAUUUAGAUAAAGCUAGUGAAAAUGAUAUUUAUAAGGCCUAUAUAAAAAGUGUAAUACUACAUGAUAAAGCUGGAUUACCUAUUUCUGUUUCUCCUAUUACUAAUGAUUCUGAAAUUGUAGAAGAAAACCCAGUUGAAGCAGAAGAACUAGUUGAAAAACUUCAACAGCAAAUCAAUGUACUGUAUAUUCAUAGUUCAAUAUCUAUUGAAAACUGGUUAAAUCCUGAAAGUAAAUAUGAAGUGCACUAG